AAGCAUCAUCUCCAACUUCAUCCUCACCACUACGAUUCCACAAAUACCACCGGGAAGGCCUCCAUCACGGCUGCCAUACGAACGACUCUCAUUCUGUCACCUCUACAGACCAUUCUCUCGUCUUUUACCGAAGAAGCGCCUGCAACCAACCGUUUCUAAUAUACAAACUUCCUCUUCCUUUCCGCAGACCGGUCGUCUCCCGAACUUUAACUUUCCAAAGCAAGCAAUACCAGCUUCAUUCCUCUCAAACCAGUAAUUCUUCCAGCUAUCGCUGAACAGCCACCAUGUCCGAACGUAAAGUUCUUACGAAAUACUACCCUCCCGACUUCGACCCGUCGGCGAUCAAGCGGGUGCGCAAGCCCAAGGACAGUGGGCCGAAGUCACAGACUGUACGUCUGAUGGCGCCCUUUUCCAUGCGCUGCACUAUGUGCGGAGAAUACAUCUACAAGGGACGCAAGUUCAACGCACGAAAAGAGACGACCGAGGAAAAGUAUUACAGCAUACCCAUUUUCCGGUUCUAUAUUCGGUGCACGCGUUGUUCGGGAGAAAUCACAUUCAAGACGGAUCCCAAGAACAUGGACUACACGUGCGAGCGGGGAGCGAAGCGAAAUUUUGAGCCGUGGCGGGAUCAGACGCAUAAAGAGGAGACGGAGGAGGAACGAUUGGAUAGGCUAGAGCGCGAAGAGCAAGAAGAGGAAGAGGAAAAAGAGCGCAAUGCCAUGGCCGAGCUGGAGAACAAGACCACGGAUGCGAAGCGCGAAAUGGCCAUUGCUGAUGCUCUCGAUGAAAUACGUACCCGAAAUGCACGCAACGAGAGGUCUAAUCGUGCAGAGGAAGGCCUCGUCGGUGUGAGAGAUGAGAUUGAUGAUUGGCAGAGACGGCAAGAUAUGGAGGACGAGGAACUAGCCAGACGAGCUUUCAUGACAGAGGAUGGGGAUCGGGUUAGGCGGUUAGGAGAGGAGGAAGAAGAGGGCAGAGACGGGUCGAAUGACAGCCCAGAAGUCGAUGGAGGUGUUUUGAAUGGCAAGGGCAAGGGCAAGGGCAAGGAAGUGAAUGGGACGAAUGGAGAAGAGGUGGAAAAGAAGGUGGAAGACCAGACGCCAGCGCCGACGUUUAGGCGUGCGCCAAAGAAGAAAAAGGAUUUCUCGGCCGCGUUGGGGAUCAAAAAGAAGCCUGCGUUGGUUUAGUCGAGAUGGCGCGUCAAUCUUUUCUUUUGAUUUCCGAAUUUGCGGUGUUGGUUGAAACUCGGAAGGAGGCGUUCACAGGAAUAGGGUAUCAAUGGUGUCCUAAUCUCAGGCUCUUUAUAUCUGCCACUUUGCACCUUUAUGUGGUGUAUUGUUUUGCCAUUCUUCACUAAUUUACAGAUCAUUUUCGGGCAUAUCUAAAUAACAGAAUUAUAAAACACAAAUUGUCCUGCACGACGUGCUUUUGUAAAAGUCUUUGACGUACUGAACAGGAAAAUUGGUAGAGUCGCCUGGAGCGAUGCCGUGAGCGCCUUUUAUCGAAACAAUUAGAAUCCCUUUUCUCCAAAUUACGCCAUUGUACCAGGAGAAAUUUGUCCUAGGUGCCUUACAUCCAAAUAGAAAAAGAAGAAAGCCCAGUGUCUGAAUG